AUGGCUUCCUUAUCCGCCCCAUCUACCCCUAGGGCAGCACCUUCACCUGCACCUACUUCAGACGAGUCCCGGACACCAGGAAAAUGGCGCCAUCCGCAGUUGAAUGAAAUAGUCCGGCGACAGAAUGCUGGAACAUUUGGGGAUAGUAAUAUCAAAAGAGUUCUGUGGAAUGGUGCUGCUUUAUUAGCAACCUGGAUCUUUGGCAACACCUUCAAAUCCUACUCUCUGCGACUCGAAAAGUCCAGCCAGUAUUCUACAUAUCCUGAUCUCUCCCUGCAUGUGUUACAACUUAUCUUCGUUCUCAAUAUCCUUGUGGCACUAUACCCUCUCAUUCGCCCAAAGGACAACCUCUCCGAUAUCCCACUCACCCCUACACAACGCGCCCUCUUAGGGCUCGAUCCAUCUGCUACAGCACCGCCGACGCCGGGAUCCACAUACAUCACUCCACCCAAAUAUCGCCUUUCUGGGUCGCGGACAGCAAGCCCGGCCAGCAGAAGUGCAUCGCCUUUGUCGACCAGCGCCAGUGCUUCUGGGCGUAAGGUAUCGUCGGGCGCCUUGUUCUCGCCUUCUACUAGUCCAUUGCUCCACAAGGCUGUUUCAAAUGGAGGAAGAGAAAAUGGACGGAGACCCAGUUUCGGCUCUCCAUCACCUCUAGGGAGAAGCUCACCUUUUCGUGAGUCAACCUUCCGCGAAUCAAGCUUCGGAUCGAGUACGGGUCCUGCGACUCCGUCGCCAGUAGGGGGGAAACGCGUGAAUCUUGGUCUGAGCAACAAGUGGCUGUAUGAGCGGAGCAGGCGGCUGUCAGCGAGCAAUGGUAGUCUUUGAAUUACUUUUGUUGGUGUUCGGUGCAUUAGGGUGGAGACAAUGAUAUAUUCAUAUGUUCUGAAGGGCGUUCAGCAAGCGCUAUGUCCUUUUAUGA